CCCAUCCAUCCAAGAAAAUGCGCUCCUCUCUAAUUCUCGCUGUCUCCACCGCCCUCCUCUUGGACUUGGCUGCUGCCAAAAAUCUGGUGUUGAAGAACAAUUGUGCCAAACCCAUCGAAGCUGGUGUUCUCCAAAAUGGCCAAUCCACUCCUACCUACUACACCAUUGGCACCGGUUCCUCUCAAACAGCCUCUGUGGCUGCCAACUGGGCUGGUCGCACUUGGGCUCGCAUUGAUUGCGAUCAAUCUAGCGAACAAUCAAACAACACACAGUGCGGUGUCCCGGGAACCCCCAACCCUGCCAGUUUGGCCGAAUUCACUUUUGAAGGCUCUGGCAAUCAAGACUUCUACGAUUUGUCUAUGGUGGAUGGCUACAACUUGGGUAUCAGCAUUGCCCCUAUCGGUGCCUCUCAAGGAUCCACCAAGUAUCAAUGCGGAUCUCCUGCCUGCUCCGCAUUGCCCACUUGUCCCAGUGACUUAUCCGUCCGAACCACCACCGGAGAUCUCUUGUCUUGUCAGAGCGAUUGCUCUCACUACAACGAACCUCAGUAUUGUUGUACCGGUGCUUACGGCUCUGCUGCUACUUGCAACGGUGGUCCUUAUGCUCCCAUGAUCAAAUCUGCCUGCCCUGAUGCAUACAGUUUUGCAUAUGAUGAUAGCACCAGUACUUAUACUUGUGACUCUGGAACUGCCACUGGAUACACCAUUACCUGGUGCCCUUAAACGCAUGACUAGGUUUUUGAAUUUAUAACAAUCGGUCG